AUGAAGUCUUUCGGUUGGGGCAUUGGUUAUACAAAAUAUCAAGGCAGUUCGACAACUACACCAACGAUCAACAAAUAUGACCAAAAUCUCAAGCCAAAAAUACAACAUUUGGAUUUCACAUUAUCAUCAUUUUCAAUCAAGUUAUCCACGGGUGUUUUGCAAAAGCUUUAUAAUGGUUCGUAUACAGAGACAAAAUUUAAUUAUUGGAUUUCCAACUUGGAUACAACCCUAGCAAAAUCAUUUAGUUAUAUCAAUAAUGAUAACGAGUCCGACGCAAUAAUAACUUUCACUGACAGAUUAUAUCCAAUAUCAUUUUCACAUGAUGGAUCAAAGUCAUAUUUGCAAUCAGAUAUCUACGAACUAUUGUUGAGUACAAUUGCUCUUGGGAUCCUAAUUUGA